AUGGGCAACACCAUCUCGGCGCGCAAACCCAAACGCUCCAAGAUGGCGAAGCUGCUGGAGGAGACCAGGCUCGAUGAUAUCAGGUCGCAACAGAACAUCACGACGCUGAAGGACAACGCCACAGUGGAGCAAGCCCUGAAGAUGCUCGCGUCCAAGCGCGUGCUGUCCGCGCCCGUCAAGCUGUCCAGCCCGCCGCCGGACGCGGAGCAGGGCAGCGGGUCCACCAUCUUUGGGUUUGUGGACGUGAGAGACGUCGUCAGCAGCUUCUUCAACACGGAGCUGCAGGGGGUGGAUCUCAAGAGCAUGAAGAUGCUGCAGCGCAUGCGCAUACUGGAGGAGAAGGGCCAGUCGUUUGCGCUGCUGGCGCUGAAGGACUUGCCCAUUAUAGGUGGGGGAGGGUGCUGA